ACUGCUAGCUACUGCUGCAUCAGCAGUAUAUAUACACACCCGUUGUUCACCUCAAUUGAAUCAUCCACAGCCGAUCGAGAAGCAGUUGAGUUCGCUAGCUGCAAGAACUAAUCUAGGUAGCUCUAGCUAGCAGCUGGUUGGAGGAGCUGAAUUAGGAGAUAUAUCUCUCGAUUCGAUCAUGUCGAAGCGCAACGAGAAUGUGUCUCUUUCGGUGCUCCUGGCCUCGGCUGUCGUGGCGAUCCUCCUUGCCGCGCAGGUGAACGUGAAGCCGGCGAUGGCCGGCGACUACACCAUUGGCAUGCAGACUAAGGUGAGGGACAUAGUGCAGAGGAACCGCGCCGUCGCCCCCGGCCUCAUCCGGCUAGCCUUCCACGACUGCUGGGUCAAGGGUUGUGAUGGGUCCGUGUUGCUGGAGAGAGCCGACAAGCAGGCAGAGAUGGACGCGCCGCAGAACGGCGGCAUCCGUGGCCUGGACUUGAUCCAGGCCAUCAAGGACACACUGUCCCUUGACGACAGCACCGUCACCUGCGCCGACGCCGUCGUCUACGCGGCGCGAGAAGCCUGCAACGUGCUCAGCGGCGGCAACAUCGUCUACGCCGUCGACGGGCCUGGCUCCCACAAGGACACCAACGCGUCCUCCAUGGCCGACGCCGGUGCCCUCCCUGGACCAACCGCCAGCUUCGCGAACCUCGCGGCCAACUUCAACGGCAAGGGCUUCACCCCACGGGACGUCGUGGUCCUCUCCGGCGCGCACGCCGUCGGCUUAGCCCACCGCCCCAACUUCGAGGCCCGGCUCACGGCCAAUGCCAAUGAGAUCAGCCAGAAGUACCGGAACGACGUCAACGUGAUAUCGAACGCCAGCCCCAACAAGACGGCGCACAACAACGUCCGGGACCUGGACAAGGCGGAGACGGAGCCGGGCGUCCUGGACAACAACUACUACGCCGCCAACCUCGGCAAGAAGGUGCUAUUCAGCUCCGACUUCGCGCUCACCACCGACGGCGCCGCGCUCAACAACAUGACGAACUUCAAGAACGACGCCACCAUGUGGUUCCGUCUCUUCGAGGACGCCAUGGCCAGGCUCAGCAGGCUCCCCGCGCAGGGCGCCGAUGUUCUCCAGGUGCCAAGGAUCAAAUGCAACGCCCCCAAUCCGGCAAGCUAGGACGAUCCGGAGGAAGAGAUCGACGUCCUCGCCGGCCCGCGUGGGCCAAGAUUUGAGCAGCAUAUGACAUGCACGCGUUUAUAAAUUUUUGUUUGGUAAUUUUUAUAUCAUGUUUUUUUUUGUCUACCAAUUGAUUUACUUAUGCCAGUAUGUAUGUAUUGUAAUUUGGUUAUUUUUGGAAGAGAAAAGUAUAAUGUUUUGUCCUCCUA